AUAUAACAAAUGUAAAUAUAUAACAGAUAUGGCAUCAGGCUCUAUAUACUACCAUAUAAGCUUGUUUUUAAGCUACAAAAUGAAUCUAUUCAAGUGUCCAAAUAUAUUCCUACAACAUAAUUUUUAAUACUUGCACGGAUAUUUUAAUCGAUGAAUUACUUAACCAAGUACCUAUUGCUAAAAAUUUCAAUUGUUUUCUACUUUUUGCUGUGAAAAACUUCCUGACAGCAAAGUCUUUAAUGACAUUCAUCACGGUCUCUUGAGCAUAAAUUCUGAGAGAGAGAGAGAGAGAGAGAGAAAGAUUCGAAGAUUCUGUACAUUUUCAAGGCUUUUGAUACACAUCAGCAUUUUGCUCUCUAUUAAGGUUGUGUGAAAUUAUAUAAAAGAUCACUUUUUCCCACUUACUUUUCCAAGUUAGUCACCCCACAAAAUCUGUGAAAUCAGAAUUUAUAGAGAGAGAGCAUUUAGAGUAAUACAUGUAGUAAGUUUUCUUUUCAUUGGAAACCAGUCCAAAAUCAGAAUUUCAAGAAACCUCACUUGUCCACAAUGAGUCUUUGGUACAGCCAACUGCUUUAAACAAUAACAUUUUAAGCCAAAUUUCCAAUCUAAGUCUGCCAUAGUUGUGGAAAUGUGGUCGCUUACCAUUCCAAAAUGACUUUAUUAAAAAUUAAUGUAGUUCUCUUUUUAAGAUGAUAAUUGGGCUAGCCUUGUUAAAUGACAUCUUACUUCAGUUUCCUGGAGAAAGGAAUCCAUUUGCCUUGACCAUGACGGAAGAAGGUUAUUUAAUCAAACAAAGGGAAAACCAUCAUUACCAUGGAAAUAUGGGUCCAGGUGUAAAGUAGCUUGGCUAAAAUGGGUAAUCACCCACUCACACACUUCCUCAAUGAAAAACAAACAAGAACAAACAAAAACCUUUACAGUGUCAACCACCUCCAAAGAAGAAGGGAAGAUAGCUGAGUGUAAGUUUUAAAAUACUGUCAAAACCAUACCUAGAAGUAAAGAAAAUGUAUGGCACUACAAGAGAGAAGUCAAUGAAACAGAAAAAUACUCCUCCAUAUCCAACCCCCAAGAGGACUCUAUGAAAGAAAUCAGAGGCCUGUGAAAUGCAGGCGGGGAUGGAAGCGCUGGCUUGGUUUUAAGUAAAGGAAAGGAUAGCUGGGGAAUAUCAACAUUUCCUAUGGGCAGCAGAAAACCAAGCCGCCUUAGUCUUUUAUUUGAUAAGUGCCAUGAUCAACUGACCAACUCUGUUUUUGAUCUUUUUUGAGAUUCAGGAAAAUCAAAUAAAAAGAGAAAAUAUCCAAAUAUGGAAGCGUAAUUUAACAAGAUUAACCUUACAAUCAAAUAAUCAUAAUCAUUUGAUCAAUGUCUAUGAUUAACUCAGUUCUUGGAGGAUCACUCUUAUGUAAUAGUGUUGGGUGAGAGUAUAGAGAGUCACACCGCCUUCAGUUCUUUCUGAAAUACUCUGCAUUAGUCUUGCUAUGACGAUUCUAUAGUAUGCUAUGGAUCAUCCCGGCACCUGAGAAUUUCCAAAGUCAGCGUAGUCACCCAAAGUGUAAAAAAAAAGCCUCAGAGGUAAAGGAAAGGGGCUGAAACCCUGAACAUCAUAAUGACAAAUAAGAAAACUCCUCCCCACUGAAGAUAUUCAGGUGUAUAAAAGGCACACAAAGGCACCUUUAGACUAGAACGGCGUCCUUAACCUUGAGUCUUACGAAUCUUUUGGCUCAGGAGGAAAAUGAACACCAUGCCUGAUGUGAUUCGACAGCGUCUGUGGCCUGCGUGCCUUGUGGGCCUGUUCUUCACAGGCACCCUCUCCCUGGACUGUGACUUGCUGCACACUCACCUGCGUAGAGUCAUCUGGCAAAAUCUGCGGCUUCUGAGCAGUCUGAGCAAAUCAUUUCCUGUGGAGUGCCUAAGAGAAAACGAAGCUUUUGAGUUGCCCCAAGAGCUCCUAUCCUAUACCCAGCCUCCGAAAAGAGACAUCAGGGAGACCUUUUAUGAAAUGUCCAUGCUGGCCUUCAACAUCUUGGCUCAGUCCACCUUCCAGUCCACCUGGGAAAAGAACCACCUGGAACAAAUCCAAAUCGGACUUGACCAGCAACUGCAGUACCUGGAACAAUGCUUGAGAGAAGAGAAGGAAACUGAAGACGAGGGAGCGAAGGAAGAGGGGGACAGGAAACACCCCGGAAUGAUGAUGCCCCAGCUGAGCAACUUAGAGCUGAGGAGGUAUUUCUACAGGAUAGGCAGUUUCCUGAAGGGCAAGAAAUAUAGUCGCUGUGCCUGGAAGAUCGUCCGAGUGGAAAUCAGAAGAUGUUUCUACUACUUCCAGAAAUUCAUAGCACUACUCAGGAAGAAAUAAGGUAGAUUUUUAAAACUAAAAUUCUGU